AUGAAGGAUCAACUCAUGAAAGACACUAAAACACUGGGAAUCAUUCAGAGCACUGUGUCUAAAGAGAUCUUCCCUCGGAUCGUGAAUCAAGAGACAUCCAAGGGUCCCUGGGAUCUACUCCAAGAGGAAUUUCGCGACGAUGAACAUGCAAGGUAUGUUAAACUUCAAAGUUUGCUUCGUGAGUUUGAAUAUAUGAGGAUGAAAGAAAAUGAAUCAUUAGCUGCUUAUCCUACUAGACUAUUUGAAUUAAUUAAUCAAAUGAAAUCUUAUGGUGAGAUUCUCACUCACCAAAAAGAGGUUCAAAAGGUUUUGAUUAGCCUAUCUAGUAAGUAUGAUCCAAUUUGUGUUGUGAUUGAAAGAACUUCUGAUUUGAAUAUUGUGACUGUGCAAGAGGUGGUUGGAUUUCUUAAAAGCUAUGAAUUUAGGUUGAGUAGACAUGGAGAUGAUGCUGCAAGCUUAGACCAUGCUUUCUCUAUUAUGAUUUUUGCAUCAAAUACACAAAAUAAACCAUUUGUACAGGGAAAUCACAACAAGGGAAAAAACAAUUGGAAGUCUAAACCCAAGAAGUGGAAAAACAAAAGUCAUCAGCUUGAGAGACAGGGUGAGAUUACUAAUGGUAGUAAACAAAAAUGCAAGAUUUAUGAUAAGGCUCACUAUGGAGAAUGUUGGUUCAAAGGGAAACCCAAGGGUCACAAUUGCAACAGGUUUGGACAUAUGGUGAAGAAUUGCCAUCAACCAAAGAAAACUCAAGCUGCCAACUAUUUGAACCAUGUCCAGGAUAAUGCAAUGAUGUUUUAUGCUUGCCAUAAGGCCUUUGUGCAAGGUAAUAGUGGAGUUUGGUACCUAGAUAGUGGUUGUAGUAACCACAUGACUAGUACUGAACCAUUACUUAUCAAUAUUGACAGAAGUACAAGAUGCAAGGUGAAAAAUGGGCAUAGAAGACCUGGUUGA